AUGCAGCAGGCUAUUGACUAUCUCCUGAAAGUACGACCACAGCUGAGCUCUCUAGUUGCGAGAUAUAAUAUCAGUAGUCAUGAAGUUGGCACUGAGAAAGAUUCUGGCCCUCUUCGGGAUCAAUGGAUGCAACAACGUAGAGCUCUAAUGAUUGGGCUCACAACAAUGCAGGAGAAUUUCAUUGUGUUGAUUGAAUAUCAGCGUAAGAGAAUAUCGAAAGAACAGUCAUUAUUUCAACUUUGCAACUACUACUUAACUUUUCUCGAAUACGUGCUGAAGUGUUUUGAGCACGGGGAGAGGCUAUUGAGAGCAUACCCAGAUGCGCCUAAGAGGAAAGUAGAAAUGGGAAUGCUGAUGGAUUAUGCGCCCUCAAAUUCUACAGCAAUCGCGGAUACAAUGGUCAAAGUUCGUGAAAAGGAGAUAGCAGAACUUAGGUUAGCCAUAACCUCUGUCAAGCUAUUUCAUAAUACUGUUAAGCUGCUGAGGAACCGUCUAAGAACCGGCGAUACUAUGGCAGAUCGUGUUCCACGCUUACUACCAAUUGUCCAGGCUGUCAUUUCGCAACACCGAGCCGCCCAGAAAGACCUAAACUCAACUUCAUUUGGAUCAAGCAUUUAUGAUACGCCGACCAGUAGUGAAAAUGUUGCGACGGGAGGAAGCAGAUUUAAAAUUUGUCGGUUUCAUUUGAGCAAUCAGAAAUUUUUUGCCUUUUCAAUAAUUGCUGUGGCUGGUAUUAUUCUUGCACUGGUACUUAUUGUUUCUUCUGUACUAGCCACAAUGGAUUCAGAAAGAAAAAAUGUUCUUGAAAUGUGGAGAGUCCUUGUGCUAACGGUAUUUGUUCCCCUUGCUCUUUGUGGUGAUGUAAUCUCUAUCAAAAAGGACAAUAGAGAGGAUAUAUUUAAACAUCCUAUGACCAUGGUUAAAUACUAUGCUCCUUGGUGUGGCCAUUGUAAAGCCCUUGCACCGCAUUAUGAAUCAGCGGCAACCGAGCUUAAAGGCGUAGUACCACUUCAUGAAGUGAAUUGUGAUGAGGACAGGGAAUUGUGUGAUGAAGCUGAUGUUCGAGGAUUCCCCACGCUAAAAGUAUACUCCUAUGGCAAUCACAUUGACGAUUAUAAUGGACCACGAACUAAAAAGGCCCUGGUGGACUUUAUGCUUGAGAAAACCCUACCUCCAGCAUCUGAGGUUGAUGCCGAUAAGCUCAAGCAGGUCCUUGAUAGCAAUGACUACACAGUUAUCCUUCAAUCCAAGGAAUCUUCUGAAACUGAUGAGUUCCAAAAUGUCGCCAGAAAGUUGAUCAAAUAUGCCAAAUUCUUCUACAUUAAGGAUAAGCUCCUUGAUUCAACUGCUGAUAGUAUUGUUAAACUAAACCGACCUAAAAUCUUUGAGUCAAAAGUGGUGGAAAGGACCCUCACGUAUACUGGCAAGAUAGAAGAGGCUGCUCUGGAGAAAUGGAUUCGUGAUAAUAUUAUUGGUCUUGUUGGUAUUCGUACCGAUAAAUUGGACAGUCUUAUUGGCCUUCCUCAGCUUGUUAUUUACACCCAAGUCGAGUUCGAUCGUAAUCCGUCCAAUAUCCGUUACUAUCUGAAUCGCCUGUAUCAAGCCGCUAAGGAAUCCGAUUCAGAUCUUAAAUAUGCUCUCGCUGACGAUAAAUUAUACGGCUCUGAAAUGGCUAAUAUCGGUAUUGAAAUGUCUGAAAAUACAGCAGUUGCUGCCAUUCGUACCAAGGACGGCGAGCAUUUCGUGAUGGAGAACACUAAAGUCAACGUUGACUCCUUGAAAAAGUUCAUUUCAGACUACGCUGCUAACAAACUUGAGAAAUUUAUCAAGUCCGAACCAAUACCACUUGAACAGACAGCUGUGGUCAAAGUGGUUGGUAAGACAUUCGAAGAUGUUGUCCUCGAUAAAUCCAAAGAUGUCCUCAUUGGAUUCUUUGCUCCGUGGUGCGGCCAUUGCAAAGCCCUGAAACCCAAGUACGAGGAGUUGGCGCAAAAGCUUUCAAAUGAGGAUGUUGUGAUUGCUUCAAUUGAUGCCACUGCUAACACCUAUCCUAAAGAGUUUGCGAUUACUGGCUACCCAUCCCUUUUCUGGGUUCCUAAAGGCAACAAGAUUAAACCUGAGCCUUAUGAUGGCCCACGGGAAGUUGAUGACCUUUUGAAGUUUGUGGCAAAGUCUGCUACUGAUGAACUCCGUGGUUACACGCGCGAUGGUGUUGCCAAACGGGAAGAAUUGUAA